AUGGUCAUUUCUUUGGAGGCCACGGUAUACAGCUUAAGUAAUGCCACAGGAUGGAACAGUGAAAGUACGACCUUUUACCUCGCAAAUCACUUUACCCACAAUCCAAGACUGACGUCGCCUUUCAGCUUCCGCACUCCGCCCAAGGUUCCUUCAUAUUCCGGUGACCUGAUUUCCGUCGACAUGGAGAUAAAUUCAAGCGCCUUUGACACGCAACGUUCUGACGUCCGUACAUCUACACCAAAUAGCCAAUCGCCAACCAAUUCAUCACCAGGAUAUCGAUGGUCAAACAUAUUCACCAUCAGUGGGUCAUUCAUUUUCACCGAGGGGUCACUUCUUUUCACCACGAGGUCAAACCAUGUCCCUAGACGAUCACCCGCUUUACCACAAGGACGAGCCGUGUCACCAGCAGGUCAGCCAUCAUCACAUAGAAGUCAAACUUCAUCAUCAGAAGGCCAGUUCUCAACACCAUCACGACAAGAGGACCGUGGGUCCACUAAGCCUGGUGAUGAGAGCGGUAUCUCUCUGUUCUCGGAGACAAGAUUCAACACAUCAGGUGAGAACAGCGAAGACGAGAAUGAACAGAAAUCGAUUUCAGAUUUCUCAGACGGCUCGUCUUCCAAGCUGAACUGGUCUCUGAGUGCGAGCUAUUCCAGCAGUGCGGCAUCUAUAAGUGACAGUGACAGAGGGCGAUCUUUGAGCGACAACAGCGACGGCAAUUUGUCAUCGGAAGUUUGCGCGACGCGGCGACGUCGGAGGAGAAAUCUUACUCUCUUAAGCUCGUCAACAACUUCGCAAAAUGGCGCACAGGUAAUAUACAGCGCUUCAUAUUUCAGAGACUACGCCGAUGACAAGGGCGCCCUCACAUUCAGUCAAUGCUUGCAGGAAGUCUCGCACAUCCUGGCCGGGGCUCCCGUUGCCAUGGUGACACUACGUGACCAAGCUGCGAUCAGACAUUCACCAAUUAAGUACUACGAUGGUUACCAUCAGUGGCACACCAACAUUGUGAGAGGGAGCUUUGUGCAAUAA